AUGCUUGAUUUAGAAUGGAAAUCAAACAUGCUAAACUCAAACCUACCACCCAAAUCACCCAAACUAUCCUUACCCACUUUACAUCUCCCUCUUCCACUCUCCCCAAACGACAUCUCAACCGCGUCGCCCACUGUUUGCACAGCGUACGACAACUAUCUCCGCCUCUCUCACUUCAAAACCCUCUGGGCCUCAUCCAGUUUCCCUAACUGGACCAACGAGCCCAUCGUAAAACCCGCCUUACAAGCCCUCGAAAUCACUUUCCGUUUCAUUCUAACCGUUUUAUCAGACCCGAGACCCUACAUCAACAAACGCGAGUGGGCACGACGCGUCGAAUCACUUGCGAAAGCCCAAAUCCAUCUCAUCGCAAUGCUAUGCGAAGAAGAGGAACAAAACCCAAACACGCGUGGUAAAACACCGGUGAGUGACGUCAGCAAUAUAACCCAAAACAAAUUCAGAACCUACAGCGAGGAAAGCUUGCUUCCGAAACUCGCCACCUGGCAGAAUUCGAAACAAAUAGCGCAGAGAAUUCUCUCCACCGUGGAAACCGAAAUGAUGACGUGUCCUUAUACGUUAGGUUUAGGAGAACCUAAUAUUAACGGAAAACCAAUUCUCCGUUACGACGACGUUUGUAAACCGAAUUUCAUACACUCGUUAGAAACAACGCCGUUUGAUCAUAUACAGAACCACGAGAAUAGAACUUUACACGCGACGCACCAGAUCGUUGAGUCAUGGACACGCUCGGCGCGUGUGUUAUUGAAGAGAGUGAAUGAAUCAAUCGAUAAUAAAAGAUUCGAGAAUGCCGCGAGUGAGAUCUACGCGGUGGAGAGGAUCUGGAAGAUUCUAUCGGAGGUGGAAGAUUUGCAUCUAAUGAUGGAUCCGGCGGAUUUUCUGAAACUGAAGAAGCAGCUAGGGAUGAGAACAUUGAACGAAACGUUACCAUUUUGUUUCCGGUCGAAGGAGUUGGUAGAGAUGACGAAGAUGUGUAGAGAUCUGAAAGGAAAAGUGCCGGAGAUUUUGGAAGUUGAGGUGGACCCGACGGGUGGGCCCGGAGUAAUGGAAGAAGCGAUGAAGGUGUAUUCGGAGAAGAAAACUGGGUUCGAGAAGGUUCAUGUGUUGCAAGCGAUGCAGGGGUUAGAGUCGGCGAUGAAGAGAUUUUUCUAUGCGUAUAAACAGGUUUUGACGGUUGUGAUGGGAAGUAGUGAGUCAAAGUUGGAGUCGUUGAGUCAGAUAUUUCUUGAACCUACUUGUUUUCCUAGCUUGGAUGCUGCUAAGACUUUUCUUGGGUACUAUUGGGAGAAUAGCGAAAAUAUUACUUGGUAA